AUGGGAAAAUCUAUUACAAAUGCUUAGUCUCCAACAAACUUGAUACUAUUAAAAUUUCAUAUUAAUUUGAGGGAGAAAUAAAUUGAUUUAUAAAAUCAACAGAACUAAUUAAGUGUUACUUUAGAUUCAAAUGAUUCCCAAAAUAUGGCGUCAUAUAGAAUGUUUGAACUCGACGAUAUUAAUAACCCUUCUGCAACUCUAAGUCAUACAAAUAAUGAUGCUUUGUAACAUAUCAGAUAUUGUGCUACUUUAAUACCAUUCCAAAAUUUAAUGAAUUUCUAUUAGAUGCUUAUCAAUCAUUUCUCAAUGGUUUAAAUAUACCUUUAUAGGCAAAAAUCUAAAAGAUUUUUAUCUUUUUUUUAUAGAUCGCAGUGGUUCAAUGAAAGGAAUAAGUUUUAAAAAAGCUAAAUAAUCAUUAAUUCUGUUUCUGAGAAGCCUUCCAGAAAAUUGUUUUUUUAACAUAAUUUCAUUUGGUAGCGAUGUAAAAAAUUUUCAAUAUUGCAUAAAAGUAUAAUUAAAAAACAUUAAACUAGGCAAUUAAGUACAAGAAAUGAGUGCAGAUUUGGAUGGAACUAAUAUAUUAUAAUCAAUUAUCUAAGGUAGUUAUGAUGAAAAUUAUUUUUAAAAACAAAUAUAAUCCAUAAAUACUGAAUUCAUUUUUACUAACAGAUGGAGAGGAUUAGUCUGA